AUGAAGCUCAAUAGGCUUACUUCACUCGAUCUGGCGCGGUGUCACAUCAGUGCUCUGCUCAUCUCAGGCAUGGGCUUUUUCACAGACGCUUACAAUUUGUUCUGCAUCCCACCUAUUUCCCAGUUACUGGGAAGAAUUUAUUACGACGAUGUGCUGCCCAUUCAUGUAAAGGCCUUCGUCAAUGGAAUUGCUCUAUGUGGGGCGUUUGUAGGCCACCUAUUCUUCGGCUGGCUGGGAGACAAGAUCGGCCGGAAAAAGCUCUACGGAAUUAAUCUCGUGAUCAUGAUCUCCACUUCAAUAGGCUCUGGUUUCUCAAUUGGCAGGUCACGGGAAUCCGUAAUAACGAGCUUAUGUUUUUUCAGGUUCUGGCUGGGUUUUGGCAUUGGUGGGGACUUUCCCGUAUCGGCGACUAUCAUGGCGGAAUUCUCGAGCGCAGAGACCAGGGGAGCUUUCAUGGCCGCCGUAUUCGCGAUGCAGGGCGCGGGAAUUCUCUGUGGAAGUCUUGUAGCAAUGAUUGUGUCCGCCUGUUUUCAAGCCGCUUUUCACGAUCUAACAUUUGGGCAGAAGGACAUCGUGUGGAGGAUAAUCCUCAUGCUUGGUGCGAUUCCCGCAGGACUCACAUACUACUGGCGAAUGAAAGUGCCUGAGACCGCGGCCUCGGUAGCGAAAACUGCAGAGAAAUCCACGGCGGAUAUGUCUGAGGUGAUGGGCGUACCAAUCGAGGAAGACAACACCAAGGUUUCGAGGAAAGAAAAGCGAAAGCCAUCUUAUGGACUGCUUUCCAAGGAUUUCCUGAAAAACCAUGGUCGCCACUUGUUGGGCACCAUGUCUUGCUGGUUCUUCGUAGACAUUCCAUUGUACUCCAGCAAUCUGUACCAGAAAGACGUAUACAAAGCGAUCGGGUGGCUGAAGAAAUCGGAGGAAUAUAACAACCCGUUGGAUGAGGUUUUUAACAUAGCAAAAGAGCAAGCACUGGUUGCCAUAUGUGGAACUCUGCCGGGAUGCGUGUUGACGGUUUUUUUGAUAGAUCGCAUUGGGAGGUUGCCUCUUCAGCUUCUGGGUUUCUUGUUCAUAUCGGUUUUAUGUCUCGCCAUGGCCCUGUCCUAUGAUAAUUUCUUCUAUAAGGGAGCGGAUCGCUACGGGUUCCUGACUAUUUAUACGCUUACUUUUUUCGUCACAAUGUUUGGGCCUAACACUACAAGUUUCAUAGUUCCCGCAGAAUUGUUUCCUGCUCGCUUCCGCUCUACUUGCAAUGGUAUUUCUGGCGCCGCUGGCAAAGCAGGCGCUAUUGUGGGCGUGUUUGGGUUGGUGUAUGCAGCGCAACCCAAGAAUAAAAACUCACCUUAUCUCGAAAAGGGUUAUCCCACUGGAGAAGGCGGACGGAUGGUCUUUAUUGUUCUUGCAGUAGCGAGCUUUAUGGGCUUCUUGUGCACGUUUCUGAUACCAGAAACCAACGGAAUGUCAUUGGAAGAAACUGAGGGAGAAUCUGUCACGGAGAGUUGUACCACAACUGGCUAUACAGAACUUAGCGUAGAUACAAAUAACAAAGCAAAGGAGUCUUCACCAGUCUCUGUAAACAACUAUAGCUCUCAAGUUUGA